AUUCUCUCUCUUUUACUUCUUCUCUAUCUUCCCAUACUCAUAUCGUUAAAACGGCGUCCUCUCAUAUGGAUAAGCAUCUCAGGACGAAGCAAAUUAAGAAUAACCCUAUUCUUACUUCUUCAUCCGAAGAAGUGAGUAGUCUUGAGUGGCAAGCUGUGAACAUGAAUCAAGAAGAAGAAGAUUUGGUCUGUAGAAUGCAUAAGCUUGUCGGUGACAGGUGGGAGUUGAUAGCUGGGAGGAUCCCCGGAAGAACGGCAGAAGAAAUUGAGAGGUUUUGGAUCAUGAAGAAUAACUGAAUUAGUUCUGAAGUUUCACUGUUUAAUUUUAAUUUGCCAACUUUAUAAUAAAUUUUAUUAUGGAUUAAUA